AUGCAGGAAAACGAAAGAAAGACGCGCGAUUCCGCUAAAUCGAUGUUUUCAGAUUCAGACGACUCAUUUCCUAUAGAAAAAAUAAGCGAAGAUAUGGUGCGCGAGCUGAAUAAUCAACUGGAGGAAGAAGAAAAAGAUCACAUGAACAAGCAAGGCAAGGAUCAUGCGUCGGGACUUUUAGAAAAUUGUUUUGAACUGUUACAUGCCAAAGAUGACACAAGCAAAUUUGUUUCGUUAACAAUGCUUGCAAGAUUGCUAAAUGACAAUCCCGACUUCCUUUUUGCUUUCUGGGAAAACAUGGAUAUGAAAUUCCUUGAUCGGUUGCUGGGGUCGAAAAAUUACGAAUAUGCAGAUUUGGGUGUUUCUGUCCUAUUUGCCUUUUGCAGUGAUGAGAAGAUCCUUCGUAGCUCUUUAAUGAAAAAACGCAUACCAGCUUUGUUGACCUGUGCCAUUCGACAUUACGAUCUUUGCCUUCCCAUUAUAUGUGCUCUAUCGUCUAAUCCACGUUCAGCGAAGUCUCUUUUAUAUUACACAUCCUUUAUUAUCAAUGAGUUUCCCCUUCCUCAGGCUCUUGAGAUUCUGUCGUAUGGUUUGUAUGCACUAGAGAAGAUCCAGCUAUAUAUGAAACCAAUUUUUGAAGGAAUCGAUAAGAGAAACGGAUGGAAGUCUCCUGAUACUUCUCUGUUUUUUCGAAAUCUUUUCGCACGUUUUCCCGUCCAUCUGUGGUAUUCAAAUGACCUCUCCAGCUGUAUUGAACCAUUCACCAAGGUUGUUUUGGAAGAAUUCAUUACAGAAGAAUCUAUUGCAAAUGCCUGCGUUAUGCUUUUCUCCCUUUUGAAAGCUGUUGGUACCGAUGAAGUAAUGGAAGACAAUAAAGAGUCUUUGCUUUUGGUGAUUGGCCGCUGUGCUGCAGAAAUCCGUGCUAACUUGGACCUUUUGGUGUCUACUCUUGAUGAAAAACAAAAGCACGAGAGCCUCUCAUAUAGUGUAUGUUCAUGCUACGAAGUACUUGGAAUUUUGAUUCACUAUAUCUGUGAAAACUGUGAUAAGCUUUCUCAAACUAUUGAGCCCACAAAGUUUUUUCAACUUCAAAGCACUCUUUCAGAGCUUUUUGGAGAUACAAUGGAAUUUAUUCGUGAUGCUUGGGAUAAUAUGAGGCAUCACGAGAGGUUUGCUGUUCACGUCACUGUUGUUAGCGCUAUUGCUACUCUUUGUCUUUGGCUUACAGAAGAUGAUAGUCAAUAUAAGCAGGCUUCUGGUUUAAUGGAUGUAUUCAUGGCACUUUGGAAGUAUGGCUGGAAAAAUGGAGUUGAAUAUGCCAAGUGGAUUGGACUGGCUCUUCCCAACAUGCUUUCUGAGGAAAUUUGCUUUAAAGCAUUUAAAAAUGUGAAGGGUUGGGAAAUUGUAUGGGAAGAUUUCAAGCGAUGUAAUCGAGAGUUAGAAGCAAUGAAUUCAAAGCAAGCUUUAUUUGAAGAGAUGGCUGAAGAUGAGAGGACAACUCAAGCGUUCCAAGACUUUUAUAUAUUGCUAGAAGUGAAGUCAAUUAUCCCUUCUUCUAUCUGGAAACAUGAAUUGUUUAGACAUCCUUUGUGGAAGGAUAUGUUGGAUGAAUCUUCAUGA